CGCCGCAAGGAGGCGCGACCACUCCGCAAACCGCCUCGCCGAGAUAAGGGGAGCACACACCCGCUCUGCCCCGGCGCCGCCACCGCCGACCCUGGCAAACCCCUCGCCCUCCGUCGAUGCCCCGCGAUGCCGUCGGCCGCCACCCGCUCGUCGUCUAUGGGCGCGGGCGACAUUGAGUUCGCCCUCGACCUCGACGACGUCGCCGCCCGCGCAGCCAAGGCGGACUGCAUCGGCGCGCUCGCCUGCGGCCGCGCAAGCUUCUCCUACCACCGCCUCCCCGAGCCGCCGCUCCGCCUCACCGUCCGCAAGCUCGACGAUUCCUACUUCGGUGUGCAGAUCGCCAGGUCGGCCGCUGUGUGGGAGCUCAAGGCGGCGAUACAAGGCGUGUUCAUCGCUCUCUACAAUGACAUGGAGAAUGCUGUCACUUGGCAGCACGUGUGGAGCCACUUCUGCUUAUGCUUCAAGGAUGAGAAAAUGACGGAUGACAGGGCAACCUUGCGUGCAUUUGGUAUAAAAGAUGGUGAUGAGCUCCAUUUCGCCCAGCAUCUCUCCGUUGACUACAGCCCUUGCAAGAGUUCAAAAAGUCAAAGGGCAACAUCUCACAGAAGGUCAAGGACUACAGUGGAAGAUUGUAGUGUCAGACCAAGGAGUUUGAUGGAUGACCUGAUUGAAGAAGAUGAGGGCGAGAAGAAGCUUGCCGCUACUAGGCAUUCGACCAGUAUUCUGGAUGAAGAUUUUUGUGUUUAUGAGCACCACGAGCAGCACGUGGAGGAAGAUCGUAAGAAAGGAAGCUAUGUUCGCGGUUGGUUCUCAUACUCUAGAUUGAGGGGUAACAGGAGAACACACUCCGAGAAUAUUGAGCAACCCUCUUGCGAAAAGGGCAGUCGACCAAAGCUAGGGAAAUGGCUGUCUUCCAAAAUGUCGAAGGCCCGGAGUAAAUGAUACCCAACAGCUAUCUAUCGGACAUCUGCUGCUUUAUUUUCUGAAUGAAGUCCUGAAAAGCGGCAGACGACCAGUAAUUCCCUGCAUGACAUAGGAUAGGCCAUUAGCCUAGGUGACCUUAAAGUUCAGUGUAUAUAUAUAUAUAUAUUUUUUUUUACUCAAUGUUCCUUACAAAUUUGAUGGUCUUAUUGUUUAGUGCAAUCAGAUAUUUAUCCUCUGUGUUAACUCCUUCCAAAGUUGAUGAUCUUAAGAAUUUAUUGUUGAUAUUUCAGAAAACA